UGGACGAAGACUCAAAUAAAUUUAAAACUCAUACUCCUUUUAUAUCAAAUGAUAACUAUAAAGAGUCUGUUAUAAAGAACACCGUCUACCAAAUGAAACUAAACACAAAACUAAUGGAGAAUUUUAUUUUGUCAUUUGCCGUUUCGGUCUUGUUAUUACAUAGCUUUGCCCUCUCCUUCAAUUCUAUCACCACUGAUAAGCAUGCACUUAUUUCCUUCAAAAACUCCAUCACUUCCGACCCUUAUGCUAUCUUGAGCACCAAUUGGUCCCAAAACAACACAUCACUCUGUAAUUGGAUUGGUGUGUCGUGCGGCCUCAAACACGGCCGUAUCACAGCUCUUAAUCUCUCUGGCUACGGCCUUGUUGGAACUGUUGCUCCACAUCUCGGAAACCUUACGUUUCUCAGAUAUUUGGACAUCAGUUUCAACAGUUUCACGGGGAUCUUACCCUUUGAGCUCUCUAAACUGCGUCGCUUGAAGGUGAUGAAUGUGGGAGCAAAUUCAUUCACCGGAAAAAUACCCACAUGGUUGGGCAGUUUACCUCAAUUAGAGAAACUCUAUUUGUACGAGAAUACUUUCUUAGGUACAAUCCCUUCAUCAUUGUCUAACAAUACUAAAAACCAGAUGUUACAAAUAUUAAACUUAAACUAUAACCAGUUAAGUGGGUCCAUACCAUAUGCUAUUUUCAAUGUGUCUUCCCUUAGAGAAAUUAGAAUUAGAAAUAAUAGCCUAUCUGGUUGGCUACCGAGUGAAAUGUGCGAUAAUCUCCCAAAUAUUGAAGCACUUGAUAUUUCGGCCAACCAACUUUCCGGAGAAAUUCCACCAAACAUAUGGAAAUGCAGACAUCUUCAAGUGCUGAAAUUAUCUACCAAUCAUUUCAAUGGAAAAAUCCCAAGUGAAAUUGGAAGUUUGAGUAGGCUUAAAGAGCUGUACUUGGGCGUGAACGAUUUCAGAGGAAUGAUCCCUCAAGAUAUAGGGAAUCUUUCACUGUUAGAGGUGUUAAUUAUCCCAGCCGCCUCUCUGACAGGAAAUAUUCCCUCUUCACUGUUCAACAUAUCUUCCUUGAAAUACGUGUAUCUCUAUAACAACAGUUUGUCUGGAAAUAUCCCAAGUAAUAUGUGCGACAGUCUUCCAAAUAUUGAAGUACUUAGUCUUUGGACCAACCAACUUUCUGGAGAAAUUCCACCAAACAUAUGGAAAUGCACACAUCUUCAGGACUUGGAAUUAUCUGUUAAUCAUUUCAAUGGAAAAAUCCCAAGUGAAAUUGGAAGUUUGAGUAUGCUUAGAGAGUUGUGGCUCGGCUAUAAUGAUUUCAGAGGAGUGAUCCCUGAAGAAAUAGGGAAUCUUUCACAGCUCGAGACAUUAAGUAUCCCACACUCCUCUCUAACCGGAAAUAUUCCAUCUUCAGUGUUCAACAUUUCUACAUUGAAAUUCAUGGACCUCGCUAACAACACUUUGUCUGGAAACAUCCCAACUUUUCACCAUCUUCCAAAGUUAGAGAAAUUAUAUUUGUAUCAUAACAACUUUGAAGGUUGGCUGCCAAGUGACGUGUGCAGCAACAAUAUGUCAAACAUCAAAACACUUAAACUCUAUGGGAAUCAACUUCAAGGGCCAAUUCCACCAAAUAUAUGGAAAUGCACACAUCUUGAGAUCUUGGCAUUAUCCUCCAACAAUCUCAGUGGUAACAUCCCGUUCGAAAUUGGGAACAUGAGCAUGCUUAAGGAGUUGUAUUUGGGUGGGAACAACUUUCAAGGAGGAAUUCCAGCCGAAAUAGGGAAACUUACACGACUAGAGUUAUUAGACCUUGCAAAGGCCUCUCUAACUGGAAAUAUCCCAACCUCCAUAGUCAACAUAUCUACUCUGACAGGACUGAACUUGGGCUACAACAGCUUAUCUGGUACUCUUCCUUCAAAUAUGGGAAUUUCACUUCUCAAUCUUGAAUUACUUUAUUUGAGUUUUAACAGACUCAAUGGUCCUAUUCCAAGCACCAUCAACAAUGCUUCUAAACUUAUCGAGAUUUACAUGGGUAGCAACUCCUUCAUUGGCUCCAUACCAGACCUUGGUAAUUUGAAACAACUUCAGAUGCUAAUGCUCGAUCAAAAUCAUUUGAGCGGACAGGAAUCUUCAACUCAGGAGUUGACAUUUCUCUCUUCUUUGACUAAAUGUCAAAAUUUGAAGUACUUGGAGGUAUCAGACAAUUCACUGAAUGGUGUCCUACCUGCUUCAAUUGGGAACUUUUCCUCUUCUCUUCAAAGUAUUUGGCUGGAAGACAGCCACAUCGUGGGUGUCAUUCCUUCUGAAAUUGGAAAUUUAAGUAGUGUGUUGUUUAUUGAACUGGGAGGUAAUCAGCUGAGUGGACCCAUUCCACCAUCAAUUGGGAAUAUGAAGAAACUCCAACGAAUGUAUCUUUACGAGAAUAAGUUGGGAGGGUCUAUCCCUAACGACGUUUGCCGAAUGAAUAAUUUGGGGGAGUUGUACCUUUACGAAAACAUGCUUGCGGGUUCAAUACCAGAGUGUUUAGGUGAAGUUCAAUCCUUGAGAAUCAUCAACUUAGACUACAACCUGUUGAAUUCCACCAUCCCUCCCAACUUUUGGAAUCUUACCGACCUCGUGAUAUUGAACUUGUCCUCAAAUCAUUUGAUUGGUCAAUUGUCAUCUCAACUUGGAAAUUUGAAGUCAUUAGAAUCUCUCUACUUAUCCUAUAAUCAAUUUUCAGGUAAUAUCCCCAGCUCAAUUGGUGGUUGUGAGUCAUUAGAAUCUCUCUCCUUAUCGAAUAAUUUGUUGGACGGAUCUAUUCCCCAAUCCUUAUCAAAUGUUAGAAAUUUGAAAGCAUUGGAUUUAUCUUACAAUAACCUUUCUGGAUCUAUACCCAAGUCAUUAGAAGACCUUCGUUUUCUUGAGCAUUUCAAUGUUUCCAACAACAAAUUGGUUGGGGAAAUUCCAAAUAGGGGUUGUUUUGGUAACUUGAGUGAUCAAUCUUUUUCUAACAACCUUGCCCUUUGUGGUCCAAUAAGAUUUAAAGUUAAACCGUGCACAAAAAAUCAUCAUAGAUCAAAAAGCUUGAUGAAAUUUAUAGUGCCUUCUGUGAUUAUAGCUGUGACUAUGGUGAUUGUCAUUCUUGUGUUUAUAAAUAAAUUUAAACCGAGGAAAUCAACACUACUUCCCACUGCUAUUUUACCUGUGACGGAAUAUAGAAGAGUUUCUUACAUAGAACUAGAGCGGGGAACCAAUGGUUUUAGUGAGAGCAACCUUCUUGGAAAAGGAAGUUUUGGUUCAGUAUUUGAAGCAACACUUUCUGAUGGGUUGAAAGUUGCAGUAAAAGUUUUCAACAUGCAAUUAAAAGGAGCAGAAAUGAGCUUUAAUACUGAAACUGAGAUACUUGGGAGCAUUCGACACAGAAAUAUAGUUCGUGUUAUUGGAUGUUGCAGUAGCCCAGAGUUUAAAGCUUUGGUUCUCACAUAUAUGCCGAAUGGGAACUUGGAUAAAUGGUUAUAUUCCAACAUGCUUUGUCUAGAUCUUAUCCAGAGACUGAAGAUAGCAAUAGACGUUGCGGCCGCCUUGGACUAUCUUCACCAUGGCCACACAUUCCCAGUUGUCCAUCGUGAUAUAAAGCCAAGCAAUGUUUUGCUCGAUGAAGACAUGGUAGCUCAUCUUGGUGAUUUUGGUAUUGGCAAACUUUUUGACGAUGGAGAAGUUGUCGUUCAAACACAAACAUUGGCAACUAUCGGCUAUGCAGCACCAGAGUUGGGAAUGGAAGGGAAAGUGUCCACACAUGGAGAUGUGUACAGUUUCGGGAUAAUGUUGCUCGAGAUGUUUACAGGGAAGAAGCCAACAGAUGAUAUGUUUGAUGGGGAAAUGAGGUUGAAAGAGUGGGUAAGUGAAUCAUUACAAGAAAACUCAGUUCCUAUUGCACCCGCUUUGCUAUCUAGCGAAGAUCAGGAUUUUUGUGCAAAGGAGCAAUACGUGUUGUCAAUUUUUGAGUUGGCAAUGAAAUGUUUAGCCACUACACCUCAUGAGAGAAUCAACAUGAUUGAAGCAACGAACACUCUCCAAAGGAUCUAUGCAACAAUGGUAACAGAAAGACGUCGUCCACGAUAUGCAUUUUCUAUUGGUAUUCCCAAUAAUGGGUUAUAAUGCUUGUGGCAUAGCUAUUGUUUAAAAUACUAUGUAAACAGUUUAUGUUGUGAAGUUGGAAUUUGUUAGCAUGUUAUAUAGUAAGAGUGGGAUUGUGGAAUGAAUUUUAUAUUUUAGUUCUAGAUUCAUCAGUG